GGUUCUAUCUACACUCUUGCAAUCGUGGCUAUCGCAAAUAUGCGUGUGCCCCUGAUGAAAUCCAUAGGGAACUUCGCAUGGCAAGUGUCCAACGUUCUUCGAGAUCUGGAUCCCGCUACACCCGCAGGUCAGACGGUUAUUGAACACAUCAUUCCAGCUGUCGCCAGCCUACGCCAAUCAGUUCCAUUGACGUUCGAUACUCUCUUCCAUAAGGAUGUCCUGACCGAACUCUGCAUGUCCACGGACAUGAUUGCAUGCUGGAACUUAGAGCAAUCCGACGAAGCUCUGAGCUGGCUGGAUCUCAAGUAA